AUGUUACUGUCUACAUCGCUCAGCGUCUUUUUUUUGUUCUGGAGUGCAUUGUUCCUGAUAGAUUACUUUCUACGGUCAUGGCAGGUAGACAGAUACCUAAGGCUGGUCGAAAAUUACGGGUUGACGAUAUCACCGUUCCAGGUAUGGUUUUGAUGGUUUUCGACCGGUUUUUUGGUGUUUUAGGGUGGUUUUUGGAAUUUCCUGGUCAAUUUUUGAAACAUUUUGCUUAAUUUUAGGCUUAAUCAGCCUUCAUAGUAUUAUGUUAACUUAAUUUUUUAUAGCUUCGGUUCUACUGGACUCGCUGUGACAACCAUUGGCAAUUCGGCCCAUUUGUCGCAUUCCAAACAUGGGUCGCGACGUCAAAGCUCUCCAGACUAGUCGCCAUAUGGUUCACGUUAGGCACUCUGGUUGCCUUAACCUUCUUUUUCUUAAUGCCACUAUACUUGGUAUGGCUACUGUUUACCGAGGUAUUCAACUGGUACUCUAUAAUGCAAUGGCUCAAUUCUGGUUGGUUCUCAUGGCUUUUCAGCGUUCGAGUCAAUACUGACGGAUUUUAUGAACAUCUCGAGAUGGGUGCACUGCCUCAGGAUAGGAUUUCAUAUGUGCCUUUUCAAAAUCAUGUACAAAGUAAGUAGUUUGAAGUAUUUUUUUUGAUUUUAGGUAACAAAUAUGAUAAAAAGGUGAAAGUGGGGUUAAAACGUCAAAAAAUUAUUUUUUGGCAAAAGUAUAAGUAAAUGAAUGGAUAACUCAAUGUUCUUGCUGAUGAAUAACUGUUCUUUUUUUAGCUGGUAUAAUCCCUGUCAUUCCCGGUGUCAACAUACCAAUUCAUCACCUGCCUAUGUUUGUUUUUGUUUUAAUCAUUGCUGGUGUACUUCAUGAGGUGAGUUUUAAAUCAAUUUGUAAGGGAAUGUAAAUCAGGAUCGUAAAUGUGGGUCUGGUAAUAUCAAAGAUUUAAUUUAAAUUUGAAAUUUUAUAGUAAUACGGUUUUAGUUGGGUCAUGCACUGGCCGCUUUAUGUGCCAAUGUUCGUUUGAAUGGAUUCGGCUUCUUCUUAAUCGCCAUUUAUGCAGGCGCCUUCACGGAACUUGAAACUGAGGAAUUAAGUAGGUUUUUUUGUUAUUUUAUUAAAUUUUUAAAAAUUUAGUGUUAGUUUGUUGAAAGCUAAUGGUAUUUGUUUAGAUCGGUCAUCGUUAGCACAAAGGCUUCGAAUAUACUGUGCAGGAGUGUGGCACAAUGUGGUACUAGCCUUUAUUGGAGUAUUGGUUCUAUGGACAUUACCAUACACCUUGUUUCCACUCUUCACCACUGGUGCUGGGGUUAUUGUUAAAGGUAAGCAUUAAGUAGCUGAAAAUUUAAUUUUUGAUUUUUUUUUGAAAAUUUGUAUUUUUUCGAAUUUUUAAAAAUCUAAAUUACAGAAGUGGACAAAUCCUCAGGCCUUUACGGUGGCAGUGGAUUUGUGCCUGGCAAUCUAGUUUUAUCAGUAAACGGUUGUCAAACAAAGACAGCGACGGAUUGGAUCAAAUGCCUGGAGGGCUUAAGGAUACAUGGCCAGAAUUCCGGCUACAUAAUCAAGAAAGAAGUGGUGGAUCCGUGGAUUGCCAAACCAGAAUUCGUCAAACAAUAUGGUGACGAGAUUCAAUGUUGUGAAGGAUUCUCGAAUAACACUUUCUCAUCGCACAUAUGCUUCAAUUUCUACGAGAAUAAGAAUGGCCAAGUAUGGGAAGUGCCGGUUAAUCUACCAGUAACACCAGCUUUGAAGUUUAGAGAAUCUUUGGGUCUCGGGAGGAAUAUCAGCAGAAUUGAUGUAAGUAUUUUCUUUACAAAAAAUGGCUAACUUGUGUAAAAAUUAUAACGUGGUCAGGAUCGUCGCUACGGAUUUUUUGGGGGGGGUGGAGACCCAAAAAAAUGUUUUCGUCCACAGGUAACCUGUGGAAUUUUUUUUCGGGUCGGCUCUGGGGGGGGAUGGAUCCACCCCCCCCCCUCCACCCCCCCCCCUAGCGGCGCCCCUGAACGUGUUAAAAUUUAAGAAUAUUAUAUAAUUUAGUUUUAAAACAACACAUUCGUUGCAUUUUAUAAAGAAAAGCUGGCGCUCCCUUGUUUAAAGCACCCAUCUAACCUAUUUGACACACCCAAAUUUCCGUCUUAUUAUACACACCCAAAUUCGAAUAAUCCACAACAUCUAAAAAUUGCUUUUUGCAAUUGUGAUUUCUUUUCAUUUUGAAAAUUAACUCUGUUCCCGUGCGGUAGCGCGGAUAUGGAAAAACGUCUUGCAGAGCUCCUGUUUAAGUUGACGAUCGUCAAGGCCCACCUAUCAAAAGUGGACAAUUGUGGAUCAUCGGUUACGUAGCACGAAAUGGGAAUGCAAAAGCAUCGGUAAUCUCGGUAAGUCUUUCGUUUCAAACAAUUUUUUAGUGUCCGUCCAAGGUGUACCACAACAGCCAGUUUCAACCUACCAACCUCUGAGAUGACACCCCCACCUCUUAGAUGGCACCCCCACCUUAUAGAUAACACUCCCACCUCUUAGAUAACACUCCCACCUCUUAGAUGACACCCCCACCUCAUAGAUAACACCCCCACCUCUUAGAUGACACCCCAACCUCUUAGAUGACACCCCCACCUCAUAGAUAACACCCCCACCUUAUAGAUAACACCCCCACCUCUUAGAUGACACCCCAGCCUUUUAAAUGACACCUUUUAAUUGACACACCCAACUUUCAGAUGGAUCACCAACCUCAUAGAUGACACACCAACCUCAUAGGUGACACCCCCACCUCUUAGAUGGCACCCCCACCUUAUAGAUAACACUCCCACCUCUUAGAUGACACCCCCACAUCUUAGAUGACACCCCCACCUUAUAGAUAACACCCCCACCUCUUAGAUGACACCCCCACCUCUUAGAUGACACCCCCACCUCAUAGAUAACACCCCCACCUCUUAGAUGACACCCCAACCUCUUAGAUGACACCCCCACCUCAUAGAUAACACCCCCACCUCUUAGAUGACACCCCAACCUCUUAGAUGACACCCCCACCUCAUAGAUAACACCCCCACCUCUUAGAUGACACCCCCACCUCUUAGAUGACACCCCCACCUCAUAGAUAACACCCCCACCUUUUAGAUGACACCCCAACCUCAUAGAUGACAUUCCCAUCUCUUCGAUGACACCCCCACCUCUUAGAUGACACCCGAACCUCAUAGAUGACACCCCCAUCUCUUCGAUGACACCCCCAACCUCUUAGAUGACACCCCAACCUCAUAGAUAACACCCCCACCUCUUAGAUGGCACCCCCACCUUAUAGAUAACACCCCCACCUCUUAGAUGACACCCCAGCCUUUUAAAUGACACCUUUUAAUUGACACACCCAACUUUCAGAUGGAUCACCAACCUCAUAGAUGACACACCAACCUCAUAGGUGACACACCAACCCCAUAGAUGACACACCGACCUUAUAGAUGAUACUCCAACUUCUUCGAUGGCACACGAAGCUCCCGAAAAGCUGAUGAAAUCUUACGGACGAGCCCAUUUUGCGCUACGACAACCGAACUUCAAUUCUGGACUCAUUUUACAAUGGAAUUUGUAAAUUUAUAAAUUUGAAUAAAUGUGUGCUUGAAAUAGGUCGUGGGUGUGUAUAAUAAGGUGGGUGUGUUCUCUCAGAGAGCCCCGAAAAGCUUAAUUAUGGUGUUUUAGAGAGUAGAUAUUCUGAAACGACAGGUACGAUCGGUCGAUAAUAAUGCUCUAACAGUGUUCGAUAAAGAAAAGUCUACUUUUGCUUGCCUGUCAGCUAGAACCGUCACAAAUCGACCAAUGUGUGUUAGGGGCGUGGUAAGUUUUUUGAUUUUUUUAAAUUGUGAAAUUGGACUUUCAGUAACUGAAUUUUAGAGAUAUUAAAACAUUUUAUGAGAGUUGUUGGCCUUAUUUAAGUAUGAAACUGUAUCAUACUAUUGUGAUGUGAUUUUGAAACUUUUUUAGAGCCGAAUAGAGGAUGAUACUGUGUGUGCAACACCGUCGCUUUUUAAUGGUACACAAUUACUUAGAUUCGAAGUAAAAAGUUCUAAUGAAGUGGUACUAUUUGUAGGCCCUGUUACUGAGGUAUGGUAUUGUUUUAUUGAUCUUUUUAUAAAAUUUUUUGAUUUGACUGUUAUUUGUUUUAAUUUGGCAAUUUUUGGGCUUUCAAAAGUAAAAAAUUGAGAAUAUUCAAAAAAUAUUCAACAAUGUUAAAUUACUUUUCGAGUUAUUUGUUUUCAGCCUUUGUACCUAGUCACAGUAUCAGAAUUGGUGCCUCGAUUCAGAUGGGUACCAUUGUGGCUACCAGAUCUUGUAGAACUCUUUGGACAAUAUUUGGUAACGUUUUCAUUAGCGCUAGGAGUUCUAAAUGCUGUACCGUGCUACGGGUUGGAUGGACAGUUUAUUUGCUACACUGUAAUCGACUAUUUUUUCUCGAAGAGAGACGUACAGUAAGUUUUUGGGCCGUUAUUUGAAUGAUUUGAUAGUUAUAUUUAGUUCUUACGUCUUUUUACGGUUGGUUUAUCAGUCUUUUGGUACUACUUUUUAAUACAAGGGUAAUAUGCUGACUGAAAAUGCUUAAAAUUACUGUUUUAGGCAACGAAAUCGAAUCGCUGGCUGCAUAAUCCUGGCUGGAAGCUCAAUAUUUCUAUUGAAUUUGAUCAUCGGCUUUGUGAAACUGUUCCUCUUUUAUCUGCGGUGA